AUUUUUGUUCAAAUUGUUGACAGUUUGAAAGUAGACGAGAAUUUCUCGUUGUUUUUUUAGAAAAUGUCAACGAUUGAAGAGAUCAUAUCAGAAAUUAUUAAUGUUCUUCAGUCAGUUAAUUGUCCACUAAUCGUCCGAACUGAUGAUUGGUGGAUUGAGGAACUUUUGUUUACACCAGGGAAACCACGAAAGGAUUUAAUUCUUUGGAUAACUUCGAAGGCAAUCGAAAGUGCGUUGCCUUCUACUUUACAUUCAGCACAAUUAAAAUUGCAAGAUCUUGAUUCCACAGCUACUUCUAGUUCUUCCAGCAAUAUUAAAUUGCCAGAGAGUGAUGAAGCUAUUCUUGGAUUUUGGUGUGGUGCAAAUGUUUGCAGUAAAAAAGAUCUACCCUUUAUUAAGGGUGACAUACCGAAAUAUGAUCAAAUAAAGUUUUGGAACCGUUUGAUCAAGCCCCUUCAAAUUCUUGCAAAAUCACAUAUUAAUACAAAUAUUGCCUUUGGUGGUGGUUCUUUGAGCAACCUUGUCUCCAUGGAAAACUUCUUGGAUGCUUUUAGCAUGAAGGCCACUUUGUUGUCAGCUGAUGUACAAAGUGAGAUUAAGCAAAUUCAUGAAAUGAAAGGCAGAGACCAAUUUACAAAGAAACAGAUUGUACUGAGGAAAAAUCUGCAAAAUGACAAUUUGCUCAUCCCUAACUUCACUGAACAAGCAAAUAGAUUGAAAGCUGCUGCUGAUCAAUUUAAUGAUAUUUUCAACUCUGAUUUAAAAAUCUGUCUUCCCAAAAGUGGAUCCUCUGCUCCACUUUUAGAAUUUGGAGAAGAAAUAAAUAAUAUCAGAACCAAGGUCACUGCUUGGAAAAAGGGUGCAGAUUCUCUACUGGAAUUACAACAAAGUACUACCUCUGAGACUAAUUUAAAGAAAUCUGAAAAUCUCUUGAAACGUACUAUUAAGGAUAAGUCUUUCCCUCCGUUUCAAAAGCUUUGCGGGUCAGACUGAUUUUGUGUAAGGAGAAUAUUAAUAUACCGACACCUUGUAAAUAAACGUAAUUAUAUACUAUC